AUGUCCAAUAUAAAAAAAAGUAUUUAUUUUUAUAAGGAUUGGAGUGAUGAAAAUGAAUCAGAAUUUUACAGUGAAGAAAAUAGUGGUAGUGUAAAUGAAAAUAGUAAAAUAAGUUCAGCUAAUUUAACCAAUGAAGAAUGUAUAGAGAAAGAAAAAAGUAUAGAAAACUCUGUACAUCUAGAAUAUAAUAAUACAUGUAAAAAUUCUGGUGAUUCUAUAUUUUAUGAUGUAAAAAAUUCACAAGAGAAUAAACAUUCUUCCUUUGAAAAUGAAAAGAUAAAGUUAUCAAAGAAAUCGUUUUAUUCUAUAUAUGAUGAUACAGAUGAAAAUGAAGAUAGUGAUUAUCACAUUUUAAAGAAUAAUCGCAAAGAAAAUAUGUUAUCCUUUUGUAAUAAAAAAAGGAUGGAUAUAUAUGAGAAAGAAGGAUUCAUUAAUGAAACACCUUUAUAUAAUAAUGACAAUAUGUUGUAUGAACAUAAUAAUUUGAACAAUAUAAAUAACCAAAUUAAUAAUAAUUUUAAUAAUAAUAAUAAUAUUUAUAGUAAUAAUUUUAUGCAUAUAUAUGACACAGAAGCACUCUACAGUGACAAUACAGAAAAAGAAAAAUACGAUUCAGAUGAUUCUCAUAAAUAUACGAGUUCAAAUAAUUUAACUAAAAAAAUAAAAAGGAAUAUAAUUAUUAAAAAUGUCUUAAAAAAAAUUAACACACUAAUCAACAGUUUUAAAAUAUAUAAAUCACAAAUUAAUUUUUCAUAUAUUGGUAUAUUUACAAUUUUAAAGAAAUAUUUGUAUAUUAUAAAAAAUAACAAAAUGAUUUUCUUAAAAAAGAAAAGAUACACCAAGAAAAUGCAUUUAUGCAAGAAUAAAGAUAUGAAAAAAAAGUUCUGUAGAGUUAAAACAUUUUAUUGUUUGAAAAGAAAAUUCUUAUAUAAUGUAGACAUUAAAUUUUUGAUAAAAGAAAAGCAUUUUCUUAAAUAUUUAUAUUUAUGUACCUUAAAGAAAAAAAUACAAGCUCAUUACAAGAAGGAGAAAAGAAAAACUGAGAAAGUCUUAAACAAAUUGAUAAAAUAUAUAAUAAAUAAUGAAAUAAAAAAAAAAGCUAAAAACAAAAUAAAUAAAAGUAUAUCAUAUCAUGAUAUUAGUGAUAUCAAAAAUGGUAAAUAUAAUAUGGACAGAAAAAUAAAAACUUACAUUUUUAAAAAUAAAAGAAGUUUACUCAAUUAUAAAUUUUAUCAUUCAAAUGAUUAUUCAGUAAAAAAAUAUCUAAUUGAUUUUUUUGGCAACAUGAAUAAGUCUGAUGAUAAUAAAAAUUCGGAUGAAACUUAUGUUGAAAAUACAAAUAUUUGUAACAACUCUUUUGAUAAGGAUAUUACAAAUAUAUGUACUAUGGAUAAAGAAAAUAUAUGUGCAUUUUAUGAGGAUAAAACUGAUGAAAAUGGUAAAAAUUGUGUAAAUGAUGAAAAUGAUGAAAAUUAUGAAGAGGUUAAAAAUGAUGUAAAUUAUGAAGAGGUUAAAAAUGAUGUAAAUUAUGAAGAGGUUAAAAAUGAUGAAAAUGAUGAAGAGGUUAAAAGUAAUGAAAAUGAUGAAGAGGUUAAAAAUGAUGAAAAUUAUGAAGAGGUUAAAAGUGAUGAAAAUGAUGAAGAGGUUAAAAAUGAUGAAAAUUAUGAAGAGGUUAAAAGUGAUGAAAAUUAUGGAGAUGUUAAAAAUGAUGUCAAUUAUGAAGAUGUUAAAAAUGAUGAAAAUGAUGAAGAGGUUAAAAAUGAUGAAAAUGAUGAAGAGGUUAAAAAUGAUGUAAAUGAUGAAAAUGCUACAAAUGAUGAAAAUAAAACCUAUGAAAAAAUAAAUAAUAUAGAAAAAGAAAAAACAAAUGAACUUGUUCAUAAUGAUGAAAUUUAUACGACUUAUAUAAAAGAUGAAACAAAACUAAUGAAUUCUCAAAGUUUUGCAACAUCACAAGAUAUGGAUAAUUCUAUUAAAGAAAAUAAUAAUUACAAAAAUUGUUAUGAUAUAGACAAUAAUACAAAUUCUAUGGAUAAUUUAAGUGUGUGUAAAGAGCAUUUUAACGAUAUGAAAAGAGAACAUGAUAUCCAUAAUGAUAUUAAUAAUGAGGACAAAAAUGAGGAUACGUAUGAAGACAAAUAUUAUAAUAGCAUAAGUUAUAUAGAUGAGAGUGUACAAAAUAUUUCUUACGAUAAUGAAAUUAAAAAGAGUUAUAGUGAUGAAAUUAUAUCAAAUCAUGGUAAUGAAAUUAUACCAAUUUGUGGUGAUCAAAUUAUACCAAAUUGUGGUGAUCAAAUUAUACCAAGUAAUAAUGAUGAAAAUUUAAGUAGCGAUUAUGAUCAAAAAAGCCUUAACUAUCAUAGCAGUAAAAGUUAUAUUAGUGAUACUGAAGAAAAUAUACAUUAUGAAGAAAACAUAAAGGAUACUAAUAAUUAUAGCAGUGAAGGUUGCCUUAGUUAUGAUAAAAAUAGUAGUAAAUAUGACAACAGUGAAAGUUAUAUUAAUAAUAAUGUUGAAAAAAGUGAUGAUCGAUGUGAUGAAAAAGGAAGUAUACAAUAUAAUACAAAUUCAUAUGAUAAAAGUUACAGCUAUUAUAGUGAUAGUGUACAAAAUGAUAUUAAUUCUUACAAAAGUAAAUGUAGUGAUAAUAAUAAUAAUAAUAAUAAUAUGAAUUAUAGCAAAGAUAGCAUAGGAAUUAUUAAAAGUAUUACAAGUUCUAACUCUGAAGAAAAAAAAGAAAUCACGUACAAUAAAAAUACCACAUAUAGUUAUGAUUAUAAUGAUUAUAAUAAUAAUAAUGUUCAUUCUUCUUAUUAUCUCUAUGAUCAAGAUAAAGUUGAUGAAAUAUCACAAAAAAACAAAAUCACAACAAAAACUGGAAGCUUCAUAACAAAUAAAAGUGUUUAUCAAUACGAAAAAUAUAAAAAAGAUCAACCAAGUACAAAUGUUAUAAUUCCAUCAAAAAUAUAUAAUACUAAUUUUAAUGAUAUAGAAAACAAAUUGGAAAAAGAAAUAAGAAAAAGCUUUGAGCAAUUUUUUAAUAUUCCUAUACAAUAUAAUGAUUUUAAAAAACAUGAAGAAAUAAAACAUAUUAAUGAUAAUGAAUAUAUGAAGCAAACAAAAGAAGAAAUAAAAAAUUUCGAUAACAAAGAUGGAAUUAAUAUAAUAAACAAAUCUGAUUAUACAUUAUCAAUGCAAAAUAUAAUGAAUAUAAAUGAAGAAGGAAAUAUUCCCUUAAAUCAAAAUGUGAAGGUAGAAUCUAUCAGCAACUCUUUUCAAUCUGAUGAAAAUAUUACUAGUAAUAAUAACAUUAAUACAAACAAAGAAGAAAUAGAAGACAAAACAAAUAAAUAUAAUAACAAUAUAUAUAAAAAUAUAAAAAAUAAUCCUAAUAAUGAUGAUCAGGAUGUACAUCUUAAUGAAGAGGACAUAAUCAUCGAAAAACAUGAUGACACAACUAAUAUGAUAAGAAAACAAGAACAAAUAUAUAAAAUAUAUUCACGUUUACAAAAUAGAAUUUUAAAUGAUUUUAAAAAAGGUUGCUUAAAAAAAAUGAAAAAAAUAUUUAAUAAAAAAUGUAAAAAAAUUGAAAAGGAUAUUUCUCAAAAUAUACAAAAUGUGGUCCAAAAUUAUAACUUAGAUGAUAUUAAUUGUUCAGAAUUUGUAAAUAUAUAUAAGAAAAAAUCAAAAAAAAAGAAAAAGAAAAAAAAUGUAAAGAGCAAAAAAUGGGCAGACAAUGUGCAAUUAUUGAAAGAUGAGCAAAGUGUAAAAAAUAUUGAUGAUCAUGAAAAUAAAUUGACUGAUAGAUUUAACGAGACAGAUAAAAUAAAUAACAGUGAUAAAAAUAUUAUGAAUAACAACACUUGUUAUGAUAAAAAAUGUGAUAUUAUUGAUAAUUACACUUAUAAUGUUGUUCAAUAUGAUGAUGACACAUACAAAAUAUAUAACUCAUCAAAUAUGUACCCUUACUAUUAUGUUACUAAAAAUGAAGAAGAUACAUAUAAAAAUUCGUACUAUUACAAUGUAUAUAAUUAUGAAAAUUUUAACAAACCUGAUAAAGAACAUGCAAAAGAUAAAUAUGGAGAAAAGGAUUUAAUAAAUUAUGUUUAUUUAAAUAAAGGAAAUGUUUACACAAAUGUAGAAAAAGAUGAGAAAAAUAAAAAUAAAGAGUGUGACCAUGGAAAUACAGAAAUCAAAUUAAAUAUUUAUCAAAGAAAAGAAAGUUCUGAUUCAAAUUCAAAGGAAAAUAUAGAUAUGAAUAAUUUGGAAUGUACAAGUUUUUAUUUUACUAAAAAUGAUUUGCAGAAUAAAAAUAAAUUAUUUGAUCUUUUAAAAAAUAUUGAUAAAAAAAAAAAUUUACGUGAUGUUAUCUUUAAAAUAUUUACUGUUAUAAAUUCAAAAGUGUUUAGUGGAGAUAUGAUUAAUGAAAAGAGAAAUUUUAAAAAUAACGAAAUAAUGAAAUAUAUAAAAACCAAAAAUGUAUUUAAUAAAAUUACAUCAUAUAAGAACAAUAGAAAUGGUGAAAACAAGCAGAAGAAGAUGAAAAAGAAGUUACAUGGUUUUUUUAAAAGAAAUAAACUAAAUUACAACAAUAAUAAUAAUAAUAUUAGUUAUAAUAAUAAUAUUGGUAAGAAUAAAAAUAAUAUACAGAAAAUAAGCAAACAAAAGAAAAUCAAUAAAAUAUUCUAUCCUACAAAUAUAUAUAAAAAAAUGUACCAGAAAAUUAAAGAACAUAAUAAAAAUAAGGAAGGAAACCAUACAAUUAUAGAUACAUAUAAUAUGAAAUAUAAAUUAAUAAAUGAACCAAAUAAAGACAUAUAUUUCCAUAAAAAUGAAAAUAAUAAUAUGGGUGUAAAGAAAACUUUGCCUGUUUAUAUUUAUCGAAUGAUGAUGAAACAAAAAAAUAAAUAUAUACCUAUUAAAAAAUUUAAUUAUUCAUAUUUAUUUAUAGAAAAAAAAAAGAAAAAUUAUAAUUCUUCCACAAGAAAUAAUAAAAUUCUACCAUAUUAUUAUUUUUCUGAUUUAAAUAAUAUGAGUCAAAAAAUGAAACAAAUUUUAUAUUAUAAGCCUAUUGUUACUAACAAGAAAAGUAUCUACAAUGAGCACAUACCAAACUGGGAAUAUAAUAAAAAUACAUAUGUAACCAAUAAUAUGAUAAAUAUACAUAAAAAUACUAACAAUAAUGAUAUGUAUUAUAUCAACACAAAUGUCGAUGGGAAUAGCAUGUUUUUUGAUGAUAAUAAUACAUGUAUGUAUUAUCAUUCAAAAGAUUAUAUAAGUAAGGAAGAUAUCAAUGCAAAGUGUCUUAUGGAUGACUGUAGUGAAUAUUAUUGUUCGCUAGACAUGGCAGAAAGAACAAAUGACAAUUUUGAUAAUCAUAAGACUAUGUUAAAUGAUAACAAGCAAAAAUAUAUAAUUGAAAAGGAAGAUGCCCAUAAAGUAUUAUUAAAUGAGGGAACUAAUAUAGAUGUUGACCUUAAAGAAAAAAUAAAUGAAAAUAAGGAAGAAAGCAAUACUGUAUGUGUAGAUGAUAAUAUAAAAGAUACAUAUAUAGUUAAUGAAAAUAAUGAGUUAGUAAAAAUGUAUAACCACAAUAGUAACCUUCAAAUAAUACCAUCUACAGGUAAGAAAAACAUUAAUGAUAAGAUAUUUAGUUAUGCCAUAAGACAAUAUUAUUACAAUCUAAAUAAGUGUAUUCUUUGUGAUAAAGAAAAUAGUAAAAAAUCAUACCCUUCAAUAUAUCAUAAUAAUAAUAAUAAUAAUACUAAUAUGGUCGCCCAAAAUACACAUCAAUAUAAAGGAGACAGAAGAAACAAUUUUAAUAUACAAGAUAAUAAAAUCAUAAAAUUUGAUGGAGAUAAUAAUUAUAAAUAUAAUACUGUAAAUAAUUAUUAUAUAAAUGAUGACUCCUUAUCAAAAGGGAUAAAAAAAACAACAUUAAAAAAAAAUAUAAUAACUAAUAAUAACAUAACAAAUAAUAGAAAUAAUAGUAAUAUUAAUUACUCAUGUAAUAGUGUGAUACAAGUUAAAAAUAAUAUAAUAAAUGUUGAAGCUCAAAAACAAAAACAAAAUGAUAACAAAGAAAUAUAUAAUUUCUCAAUUACUAAUGAAAAUGUCAUACCAUCCUAUUACACAAAUUUAGUAAAUAAAUACAAAAAGGAUAUUGGAAAAUGUAUACUGAAAAAUAUAUACAACGGAAAUGAAUAUAUUAAAAAUAGUAAUAUAAAAUAUACAUGUAUGAAUAAUACAUAUAUGAAUAAAAUAUACUCCAAAAAAAAAAAUAUAUAUACAAAUAAAACAUAUAUGAUGCAAAAUAAAAAUAUAAAUCAAGUAUAUCAAAAUGAAUAUGAUAAACCAAAUGUAACUAAAUAUCAACUAAAAGUAAAAAAAAUUACUUUUAAUAGUAAAAAUCAAAAUAAACAAAUAAAUAAUACAAACUUCAAUAAUUUGGAUUUAUAUAAUAAUAAAAAUUAUGAUUAUUUUUAUUAUAACAAAAAUUACGAUUUAAAAAACUCAAUUAAACUAAAAAAUAAUAAUAUUGAAAGCUUUCAAAUAUGUUCCAUAAAUUCUCCAAUAAAUGACAAAGUCACAAAUACAAACUACAAGCACAAUGUUGAAAAUAUUUGUAUUUUUAAAGACUUUUAA